AUGUCCUCUCAUCCGGAAGUGCCUAAUUUCGUGGCGCGCGAAGUAAAACGGCCAAAGCCGCCGCCUCCACCUCCUAGGAAGAAGAAGCUCCCUGGAGUAACGAGUCGGUCAUCGAAGAGUGAUGGAGGAGAGGAGGACUCUGCUGAGGCUAAUCCGGAUUUCAAAGCCCUAUUGGAGGAGUUACGCUGCACCCAGUCUUUAUCAUCUCUAGUUAACGCUCCGACUGACAUCGAAAUACCACCCGAAGGAGGUGUAGGGAGCGACUCUUCAGUUGACCGAUCCCUUGGUGGUAACCUGCUUGCUGUGUUGGGAGCCUCUGGUAAAUCAGUAGCAAGCGGCCAGGCAGGGCAGGCUAGUCUCUACUCAGCGCCUACCCCUGUUGCGUACGCCUCUGCUGGUGGGACGCUGUCUGCCGAGUCCAGUCAGAUGAUCCGCCCUCUGCUGGACUUACCAUCUUCAGAGGCCUUAGCGAUGCUCCCACCGUUGGAACCUCCAGAAGGGAUCAGUUUUGAUCAAUACUUGAGCACGCUUGCUCCGGGUUUUACGGGAGUUAUGGCAGUUCAUACGGGAGUAACUGCUGAUGAUGCUUCAGCCUCUGGCAACAGACCAAGGUCUGUUUCCUCCGCCUCUACCUCCUGUGAAGGCCGUUUAAAGGGCGUUCCUAUGGUCUACUUCAAUGAGGACUAUAAUGUUGCACAGUCCUCUGUCUUUGCGGGGAGGUCGUUGCGGUCAUUGGUCACCAAACAGGACGAGCUGAAUACUCAACUGGCUCAGCAGUUGGACACAGUCGAGGUUCAUCUCGCUUCGAAAUUGAGUAAUUUCGAUCAAUUGUUGGGAUCCCUCAAGGACCUAGGCAGCAUCCAAGCCGACAUAGUCCAGGUCUUUGAGAAGGAGAGCGAGAUUGGAUAA